AUGUUCCUUGUUCGUCGACGCAAAUUGGAGGGUGUUGUCAAGAAUCGGAUAUUUGUACCCAAUGGGGAUACUGCCACAUGGGAAAAUCCAUUAUGUCCUGAUUAUUGUCUGGCUACAAGUUCCGGCAAUAGUUCAGCCGUGAAUGUCAUUGCAUGCAAUGCCGCUAACGCAGAUGGAACAUGGUGUUGCGCGUAUGACGGAAAUUGCUGCUCGGGAUCUUCAACCUUCAUACAGGGAUUCGGUACGAUGUUUGCGGAAGCUUCACUCCCUACUUCGGGAGCAGCAUCGGGCUCGACAGCCGUUCCUGCAGGUACAACAGCUUCAACAUCAACAUCAGCAUCUUCAGCAUCUACUUCUUCUCCCGCGGCAACCGACACGCCCAUCUCAUCAAUAUCAAGCAAGUCAUCCACAACCCCAACUAUAGUCGGUGCAGCAGUCGGUAUCCCAUUAGGUCUCGCGGUCGUUGCGGCGCUGUUUCUCUUUUUUCGUGAACGCGGGAAGCGGAUGAGGAUGGGUUUGGGUUUGGGUUCUGGGGGUGGGGAUUCUGGGGUUGAGAAAUUGUCUGACGGCGAGGGUGAUGGUACUCAAAGUGGUCCUGUGGGGAUUUCGGGAGUGAGUAUGCCGGCUGCGGGAUAUUUUAAUCCAAAUGCACCGAAUGCAACGGAUGUAGUGGGGGAGCCGAUGCAAAGGUAUGAGGAGAUGGGCGUAAGGAAUCCACAUUAUGAGUUGGGGUCGGGGAGGGAGAAACCAUUUGAAUUCGGGGAGAGAUAG